AUGCAGCGAGCAACUUGUACUGGAAUCCGUAUACGCUCCCCCGCCGACGCCCGUGUUAUCUUCCACGCCGUCUUCAAUGACAUACUACCUAUCGUGACAAGACGUCUGGACACUGAAGAGAGGAGUCUCAUACAACCUGGAGCCGUCUACGUCUGGGAGGAGCGAGGGCCCCAUGCAGAACUAACAGGAGUUGGAAUCGAACGCUGGACAGAUGGAAUUCGCUGGGGACCAUCACGAGUGCGAGAGGGCUUUCUCUUCUAUCACGAAAAGUCCCAGCAAUCAUAUUCUGACCACCUCUACGGGGCCGAUAAACCACAUAACCCACGGGCCGUCCUCAUCAAACAAACAUACACCGUCUUCGUCGAUACCGCCAGAGGGCAACGGAAAUGGCAUCUGAUCGCUUACUUCACAGAAGAGUCCCUCGACCGGCUAAAAACCAUCGAGGACUUCCCUCAACUUGCCUACCUCGAAGUCCCUCCUGGGAAAUACAAGAGUGCUCGGUCAGCCAAGGGGAGACCAGACAACUACUUCCAAUCUUCGGACGCCGAUUCGAACCACUAUUCCCAACUCGAGUAUGUUUCCUAUGCCCCAAACCGACGGACUUCGCCCAAUCGCAUCGAAGGCACCCCAAAUCGACCUCUCACAUGGGUAGAUACGUCACCCCACAGUGAACGAUCGUCAAGACGGCGGACUCACCCUUACAGUCCGUCUUCCGCUGACGAUAGUGGUUCCGAUUCUGGCCUAGCUCCUCUCGCCUAUCUCCAAAAUAUUCCACCUCCCCGAAGACAUCCUAUAGAUGAGAAAACACUAAUGCUCUUUACGGCUUCAGGCCGCCUGUAA